AUGAGCGAUUAUGAUGGAAUCCUUAUAGAUGAUUGGUCUCCACAGUCCAGUCCAAGCAUAAGAGAGAUAUUAGCAACGCUGGAUCAAAACUACAGUGGUCUAAAGCCGAUCAGUGAGAUGUUCCCUCAAACCAACUUAUCAACUGAUCCUCAGUCUAAACAAAUAUCUGGUGGUCUCAGCGACAGAAUUGCUGCAAGACUAAGAUUUGAUAUUCCACCGCUCGAGAUAGAGAGCAUCAGUCCUUCUCCUAUCCUCGUAAUAUCUCCAGGAUUCAGUCUCUCUCCAUUUUUUCAAUCUCCAAAUAUGUUGUCCAACUCUUCUUCACAGAUUAUCCCUCUGUGUUCAAUCCCUAAUGACGCGCCUCCGGAGACGGUGGAAAGUUCUGUUGACGCCCAGGCAACAAUGAUUAUAUCCAACAACAAUCUUUCUCAUCAGCCGAUGAACGUUGAUCUGCAUUCUCAAGGAGGCUCUGAUGAUAUACCAAUGGAAGGGUCUGUUUAUGUCACAUCUCACGAAGCUAACAUUGAUCCCAUUGGUGCUCCUUUAGUCCCUUCUUUUGAUUCUGAAGUUCUUGCUGAAACCAAUAUUAUGAACCUCAUAUCUUUUGAAAGUGGAAGCGAAGACGAUGACAAGAACAGAGAAUACAACCAAGAGGAAGACAAUGUCGAAGAUCACAACAUUGUUGUGGAACCUUCAUCUCGAAUGAGAAGGAUCGCUUGUCUACAGGAGCAAGAAGUAGAGUAUGGGGUUGCAUCCAACCGUGUCUCCUAUGUGGUGAACCGGAUGAGACUCGCGACCACCUCUUCUUCGCGUGCCCUUACUCAUUUACAGUGUGGAUUGAUUUAG